GUCAGUCUCUUCCUCCGACGACCAAACCCGGAGCUCCUCUCUGUGACUGUAAUAACACAAAAUACCUGGAGAAAUAGAUUAUACAUAGAAAGAGAAAGAGAGAGAGAGAGAGAGAGAGAGUGUAAGAACAUGGCAAGUACAGAGAAAGUAGCUGAGCUGAUAUCAUCGCUGGAGCAAGCAACUUUAAUGGCGCAGCAAAUCGGAACCACCGUGGACCAGAACCAGUUACUCCAAAUCUCCUUUCUCCGCAUAGCCCACCAACGCCUCUCUGCCUUCCUAGCCUCCAUCCCGUCGGCGGAAGCCGAGAAAUCUUUCUCCUCCGUCGAGCCGAUGCAAUUAGGAGAAGAAGAGAAGGGAGAGGCUGAAGAGGAGAGAUAUUCGGCGAUGGAGAAGGUGGAGGAGAAGAUGAGAGAGUGCUUCAUUAGAAACAAGAGACUCAAGCGGCCACUGUCUCCGUCGUCGACUGAAGAGAGGAGUGGCCGUGAUUAUGGGUUUGAUUCCGACCCACAUGCCACCAAGUUGAGAGCUUUGGAUCUUAUCUACCAGUUUCAUGGAUGAUUGUAAACAUUGUAGAUUUACAUUGUAGACAAUCAGUAAAGAUUCUUUUAUGAUUGUAAAGACUAUCGUUUUGGGAUUGCAAAAUCAACAAUUUACAUUACA